GAUUGCUUGGUCCUUGAUAGAUCGACGGAGCGCCUCGGAUUUAUUCUAACAGAAAGGAGGAGGUUAAUUGCGACCAUAUCAGACAAGGUGCACCGAGGGUGGAAAAGUUAUCGUCAAGAUUCCUCGUGGGAUAUUGACAUUCUGCAAGGGGAAGGCGAGGUUCACCGGAACACUCGGUUGUUGGUGGAUUGCAUAACUUUGAUAAGGAGAGCACAGGCAUCAGCAAUUAACUCCGCAGAGAGCCAGUACACUGAAGAGCUUCACUACCUGAUACUUCAAGAGAUAAGUUCUCUCAAGGAUCUGCUUGUGAAAAAAUCGGCUUUGUGCUCGGACCCAAGCCUCAGGUACAUGUUCUUGCUUAACAAUGCCUAUUUCCUAGCGCAGUUAUCUGAGCCAUCGACGCAGUUAGAGGAUGUAGAGUUGUGCUCUGGACAACACCAGGGACUUAAACUUGUACCUGAAUGUGAGAAGUACAUGGAUAAUUAUCUUGAUGCUUCAUGGGGGCAUGUGCUAUCCUGUUUACCAAAAUCCAGAUCUCCGGGAUUGAUCCAUCGUUGGAUCAACACCUCUUCACUGGCAAAAUUCGAGUCUGCAUUUCGCAAAACGUACCAAGCUCAGAAGUUUUGGAAGGUUCCGGACCCUCAGCUUAGAGAUGUGCUGCGGAGAACUAUCAUCGAGAGAGUCAUUUCAGGUUACCGUGACUACCUGAAGGAGCAUCCCCGGCUAGAGAAACACGCUAGUGACGGAAACAGCAGUCCCGAAGUUUUGGAGGAGAUGCUGGGAGAGCUAUUUGAAGGAUGAAAACUGCUUUUGAUCCAUCAAACAGAGUCACCCGACAAAUAAGA